AUGACCGUCCAUCAUGCGUCGGCGCUACUCGUAGCGGCCAUGGCGGCUCUUCUCCUUUGCUCCGCAGCACUGCCAGCGGCAGCGGACGCGUCCGUCAUGUUCCGCUCUUCCCGCCGCCUCACAACAUCCCAUAGCCUCGGUCUGCUCGCCCUUCCGCAAUCGUGGUUUUCUGGUGCGCAGCAGGCGGAACGCUCGCUGGUCGAGCAGGCCGGAGGCGGCGCAGGCGUCGUGCAAGGACCCACCGACGGCGCAGGCGAAGCACCUGGAGGCAGCGGAGCGACAGACCAAGGGCCCACCGGCGGCGCAGGCGAGGUGGUCACCAACCAUGGACCCCCCGACACCGGCGCUGGCGGUGUUGGCGGCGCCGGCGCCUCCGAAGGUCUCGCUGACGCUGGCGGCGGAGGCAGCGCAGAGACGAACCAAGGGCCCACCGACGCAAGCGCAGGAGCAGGAGCAGACGCAGGGGCAGACGCAGGCGCAGGAGCAGGCGCAGGCGCAGGUGCUGGCGCAGGCGGCAGCCCCGGUGACCAAGCACCCGCCGACGCGGGAAGCCCAGUCGCCAAUCAAGGCCCCACCGACGCCGGCCAGCCUGAUGCUGCCGCGGCGCAUGGCGGAAAUCGAGCGGAGCCAUCGUCGGGAGUGCGCAUGCGGGACUUGGUGGUGUGGCGGGCCACUAAGUUCCAGCUGAAGGCGCGCGAAGCCCAAGGGCACAUGGCGGCCGGCAAGGCCGCGGCGGCCGUGGCGCAUUUGCGCGCUUCGGCGUUGGAAAAUGCGACAGGCGCGGAGGAUUGGUCCGGCAUGGCGCACAGCUGCGUGGAUCAGAUGGCGUUGGUGUCGGAGAGCGUGGAGGAGGCAGCGGGGAUGAUGGAGAGCGGCGGCGAGGACGUGAAUCUGCCGCGCAUCCACCUCUCCAACGCCGUCACGCUCGCGCUCGACUGCGCCGAGGGCUUCGACCUCUUCGCGCCGGGCAGCUCCAGCGACCCUCGCGUCAAGGCCCUGCAGGAGGCAGCAAUGGACGCUCGGGCGUCGGUGAUGGAGGCGCUGGGGCGAGCAGCGGACAUGGCGGACAUGAUCGCAGCAGGCGACAACACUGCUGCUGCCGCCACCGCCGUGCCUUCGCCCUCGCCCACUCGCCGCCGCCUGCUGCAAACCACCGGCGCAGGCACGGGCACUGCCACCUCGGUGGCCGACCCCCACAACUCCAUCCCCGACACCAGCACUACUGGCACUCUCGGCAGCACUACUGGCAAUCCGGGCAUCAUGCCCGGCUCUGGCAGCGACACCUCAGCCAACAACACUGCUGGGGAUGGUUCCGGAAACUUCACCACCGUGCAGGUGCGUGUGAGAGAGUAUGCGAAUGCGUGUGUAUGCUUGCAGGAGAGCCGCAUUUUCCCUCAUCGCGUGCCAUUCCUCACUGCGUGUCUUGGCCUCGCCCUUACUGCGUGCCAUUCCUCACUCCCCUGGGGCGAGCAGGCGGCGAUCAGGGCGUAUCCUCCGGGGUUCAGGGGGCGCUUUGUGGUGUUCAUCCGGCCGGGCUUUUACCGUGAGAAGGUGGCCAUCAACUCCACCUGCAAGAACGUCACGCUGCUGGGGCUUGGCGCUUCCUCCACUGUCAUCUCAUGGCUCGACAAUGCCACAGCCGGCAUUGGCACCUUCCAGACCCCCACCGUCGCUGUGGACGCCAGUGGCUUUGCAGCAAUCGGCAUUCGCUUUGAGAACACCGCGGGGAAGGCUGGGAACCAGGCAGUGGCGUUCAGGCAGACGGGCGACAACGCGGCCUUCUACGAGUGCGAGUUCCUCGGGUGGCAGGACACGCUGUACGUGCACGGUGGGCGGCAGUACUACCGCAACUGCUACGUGAACGGGACAGUGGAUUUCGUCUUUGGCAACGGUGCGGCCGUGCUGGAGAACUGCACGUUUGUCAUUCGCUCGCACAGCAAUGCGCCGCUCACAGCAUCAGGGAGAACCAACUACACGGAGAACACGGGCAUCGUGAUCCUCAACUCCGUUAUCAAGGGUGACCUUGUCAACAAGACGUACCUCGGCCGCCCCUGGAGGCCCUACGCACGUGUGGCUGUCAUCAACACCACAAUCAGCAACGUGCUGAAUACAAGUGGGUGGCUGGACUGGGGGGGUGUAGUGUACAAUACUUCUACGUUCAUCGAGCAGGGCAACAGUGGGCCGGGGUCGGUGGGGCCGCGCAUAGCAUGGGCAGCGCCGGGCAUCGUGACUGACCCUGCCCAGGUCGCCAUGUACUACCCCAACAGCUUCCUCGCCCCCUUCUCCACCAUCGCCAACCUCAUUCCCUUCCCCUGGCUCUAG